AAUCUCCAGUAAAAAAAUAAAUAACUAUUGAAAGUGGCUAGUCAAGCGUUGCGGUCCAAAACUUAAAAUAAUUACACGACAAUUAUUCGUUACGAAUUUUAAUUUAUAAAAAUAAAAUAAAAAAACUUGUUACGGCGACCGUACGCGUGUGUAGAAAGCAGGAACUUGAACAUUAUAAAUGUUGCAUCAAGACGUUGAUUAUUGCUUCGCAUGCCCCGCACGUUUUUUUUAUAUCGCAACAGUAAAUAAGAAGUUAACACAAAUUUAAAAUUAUAGUUUUUUUAAUAAAAAAUGACGGUAUGCAAAUUAGCUGUCUACGGAAGCCCGUGGGGGGUGCGCCGUUCGGACUGAACGCGCUUCGUAAGGCGCGAUGUCUCGUCGGAACGGACCCACGGCAGCCCAGCCUGCCUCCUCCAAAGUCAAAUACUCAAAGCUUCCAGACAGCGAUGAUGGCUACAUCGACCUGCAGUUCAAGCGGCCCCCCCCACGUGUCCCCUACCGCGCCAUUGCGUUGGCCGCCGCCCUCUUCCUCAUCGGCUCGCUGGUCAUCAUCAUCGGCUCGCUGCUGCUUACCGGGUACAUAGACACCAAGUACGCUGACCGUACCUGGCCCGUGCUGACUGUGGGAGUGUUGGUCUUCCUCCCCGGGGUCUACCACCUGCGCAUCGCCAUCCUCGCCUACAGAGGCACCGCCGGAUAUUCUUACGACGAUAUCCCCGACUUCAGCGACUGAAAGACACGGGGGGGGGGGAGUGGGUGGGGUAGAG